AUGGAGCAAAUUAAUUCGAAUAGUGGGAAAAAAAAGCAGCAAUUGGAAGUAUUCAAACAAUUUGCGAGUGUGUUAACAAAAGAGGGCACACCUGUCAGUAUUGCUAAUGAUAAGUCUGAACGAACCACAGUGAACUACAAUAACUUUGAAAUAGCAAGUAGGAAACCCAGGAUGGACAAAGUUACAGGAGAACCAAUUCUAACAUAUGAUGAUUUCAUUGAAUUGAUAUCUAGCUCAAAGAGUAUAUACCCGAAGUUCACAGACCAUUCAUUUAAUUUGAAUCAAGUACCUAAAAACGCGUUUGGAUGUAUUUUCUUUGCUAUUGACGAACAAAAUAAAGGAUAUUUGACACUUAACGAUUGGUUUUACUUCAACAAUUUAUUAGAAUACGAUAAUUAUCAUCUUAUCAUUCUCUAUGAAUUCUUUAGAAAAUUUGAUGUAGAGAACAUCAAAGCAAAACAGAAGAGAAAGUUUGGUAAUUCCUCUUUCAGUUUAAAGGCGGCAGAUGACAGGAUCAAGUCAAUCAAUUAUGGAAAUAGAUUCUUAAGUUUCGAUGAGCUUCUUUUAAAUCUUGACCAGUUCAAAGAUACCAUUCGACUGCUGCAUGAGUCGAUUGACGAUGAUUUUGUUAAGGAAAACAAUUUGCUACUCGACUGGGAAAACUUCCGAUUUUUGAAGUUCUAUAAAUGUUAUCAUGAAAAUGAAGCAUUCUUAAGUUUAAAUUCCCUAGUAACGAUUUUACAGAACGAUCUGAAAAACGAAAAAAUAUUUAUAGGAUUUGAUAGAUUAGCACAAAUGGACUCCCAAGGACAUCGUUUAGCUUUAAGCAAAAAUCAGCUCAUAUAUCUUCUGAGAUUGUUUUAUUCUCAUAGAGUUUCUGCGGAUAUUUUCUCCUCUUUGAAUUUGUCAAAUACGAAAUUAUUAAAAGCAGAUAAUAAUUCCAUACCAUACAAUGUGUUCAAGGAUGUGUUUUAUUUAUUUCAAAAUUUCGAUUUACUGAAUCAAAUAUUGCACAAAUAUGUUACUGAAAACAAUUUAACCGAGCAAGAUAUUAGAGAACAGAUAAUUACGAAAAGGGACUUUAUGACAGUUUUGAAUGCCCAGUAUAGCAAGGUAAACAACAUCGUUGAGUUUUCCCCAUCCCAGAUCAACUUGUUAUUUUCUAUCGUUGCAAAUUCAAAGGAAAACAGAAGAUUAAGGAAGAAAAGUAAGCGAGACAACGAGCUUCUUAACGACCAUCAUUACGAUUCAGAUAUUGAUUUUUUCAUUCACAACGAAUAUUUACAUGGAGUAAGCAAAUCAAGAAAAAACUUGCAAAGUUUUAAUGACUACUACCACGAUCUGUCAGAUGGCUUUUCCCAGGACUCUGGGGUCAAAAAAGCUUCUAAAGCAAGUACUGGUCUAUUUGAAUCGGUAUUCGGAGGAAAAAGGGAUAAAGCAACUAUGCGCUCUGAUUUAACGAUUGAAGAUUUCAUGAAAAUUUUGAAUCCAAAUUACUUGAACGACUUAGUUCACCAAAUGGAAUUGCGAAAAAAUCAAAACGAAUCACUUUAUGUUAACUAUUAUUUUUAUCCAAUUUUCGAUUCGUUAUACAAUUUUUCUUUGGGCUCCAUUGCAGGCUGCAUCGGGGCAACUAUAGUAUAUCCAAUAGACUUCGUAAAAACAAGAAUGCAAGCUCAAAGAUCAUUAUCCCAAUACAAAAACUCAAUUGACUGUCUUUUAAAGAUUGUAUCUCGUGAAGGAAUAAAAGGCCUUUACUCUGGUCUUGGACCUCAAUUGAUUGGGGUGGCUCCUGAAAAAGCGAUUAAGUUGACCGUCAAUGACUUUUUGAGAAACAGGUUGACCGAUAAAAACGGUAGAUUAAGUCUUCUACCUGAAAUUAUAUCAGGUGCUUCGGCAGGCGCAUGCCAAGUUAUAUUCACGAAUCCUUUAGAAAUCGUAAAGAUUAGGUUACAGGUUCAAUCUGAUUAUGUGGGUGAAAACAUACAGCAGGCUAAUGAAACAGCGGUUCAAAUUGUUAGAAAAUUGGGUUUGAAAGGCUUGUAUAGUGGUGUGGCAGCUUGCUUGAUGAGAGAUGUCCCAUUUUCUGCUAUUUAUUUUCCUACUUAUGCACAUUUAAAAAAAGAUCUUUUCGAUUUUGAUCCAAAUGAUAAGACAAAGAGAAAUAGAUUAAAAACGUGGGAACUUUUAACUGCUGGUGCCAUUGCUGGUAUGCCCGCAGCCUUUUUGACCACGCCCUUUGAUGUCAUAAAAACUAGAUUACAAAUAGAUCCACGAAAAGGUGAGACGAGAUACAACGGUAUUCUCCACGCUAUUCGUAUCAUCCUGAAGGAAGAAAGUUUCAAAAGUUUUUUUAAAGGCGGAGGAGCUCGUGUCUUGAGAAGUUCUCCUCAAUUUGGGUUCACAUUGGCCGCUUAUGAACUGUUCAAGGGCUUUAUUCCUUCCCCUGAUGAUAAAAUGAAGUCCAGAGGGAAUAACAAGAAAUUCAUUAUAGGCGACAAUACAGAGAAUAAAAAAAUAACAGCCAAUAAUGAUAAUGAGCUCCCACUGCAGAAGCUCUAUUCCCGUGACAGGAAGCAUGCCAACUAUUACUAUAAAAGCUGUCAAAUUGCCAAAACAUUUAUUGACCUAGACAAUAACUUUUCUAGAUUUGACCCUUCAGUUUACAAGAAGUUUCAAGAGUAUUUAAGAGAUAUUAGUAAAUAG